AUGGAAAAGUUAAAACCUACUCUUAAAUUAAUUUAAUUAAAUAAGAAUACAAAGGAAAUGUCUCUUUAAAGAGUUUUAAGAAAUUAAUAUAUUGGGAUGUCUCCCUAUCAAGAGUUAUAAAUGACAUUGAAAGCUUAAUGUUGA